AGUUUUGGCAUGUUGGCCCAAGCUCGCUUGCCCUGGCUUGGCCAGAGCAAGUGGCCACACUGCCAGCCUUGUUGGGCAUGCAGGGCAUGGAACCAACCAUCAGAGGCACCGAUCGGAGCCUCCAACUCAAUGUCAGUCAGGGCUCCAUGGGUCAUCCGGAGAUGUGCCAAGCACCCUGUGUCCAUAUGAUGAAGAAUGGCUCAUGUCAUUUUGGACUGGCAUGUGGCUUUUGCCACUUCCAGCAUGGAAAAAAGAAGAAGCUGGACAAGGGUCAGCGCACAAUGAUGCACGAAGCUGGGGAAGGACGGCGGUUGGCCAUCAUCAUCCCCCAUGUCGUUGAGAAGCUCGAGAAGCUAGGUGACCAGCAAGCUUUGAACUUGGUGCGGCUCUUGCAGGAAGAGGUGGAGAAAGCCUCACCCACCAGAAGCGGCGCCUGGGAGAAAAAGCUGCAGCAAGCUCAAAUCAGUGGACGUUUGGAGCGCAUGAACAUCAGUGCACUUAUGGACUUGGUGACGGAGUGCUUGCCAGAGCAUGUCAAUCAAGCCUACAUAGCUCUACAACGGAGUCGCUUCCCAUUCCCUAAGCUACUUCCAGAAGGGGCCGUGAUCACUUUUUGGCUUUGAGUCUUAGCUAAUAUAUACAUAUAAAUGU